AUGUCCGCGAGAGCUGGCAAGUGCUUCGAGUGCAUUUUGCAGGGCGAAGUGAACUUCCAACACUUUCCCUCUUUCCUCGAGCGCCUCGGAGGACUAUGUGACGAGAGCGUUGUGAAGGAAGAUAUCGCGUACAAAGAGUACGUGUACAACUUUGACGACAAGUGUCCGCAGUAUAUCCAGGGCGUACCGCACUACGAAAUUCGUGCGCGUCAUGUGUUCUCGGGGUCCACGACGUUUCAAGGUCAAGCAGUUGAAAUGCCGUCCGAUGGCGGACAAAAGUGGGAACUGAGGUACAUUGGACGAUGGGAACGCAAGAAAAUGUCGGAGCACGUUGGCAGUGCACCGCUGGGUGUCCCGUUUCGCAGUCAAAUUGCCGUGUCGGUCGGGCAAAACGUUCGCUCGUUUCUGGGCACGCUUGGCUUCCGGCAUAGCUACAGGUACAUGCGUCUUGGGACAAGGUGGCAAUUUUGCAAUGGCAUUACGAUUGAAGCUACGCGGAUGAAGGCGCUGGAAAAUGAGGACGUGAAGGACGAAUACCGCUUGGUGGAUCUGGAAAACCUGCGCGUUGAAGCGCUGCUCGUGGAGAUAUUUGCGCUUACGACGGACGAGAAGAUUGACGAGGCAUCUCAAAAAAUUCGCCGAUUUGCCGUGGACUUGGAUCCGUACUUCAUUGAGCGUCCGUCUGAAGGCAAGGAAAUACUACACAGUACGGCUACGUUGGCUGCCGAGGUACGACGCAAACGUCCGCGGCCGUAG